GCUUGACGACAACAAACAUGGAGGAGUAUGCCCGUGAACCUUGUCCCUGGAGGAUAGUGGAUGACUGCGGAGGUGCUUUCACCAUGGGUGCAAUUGGAGGAGGGUUGUUCCAGGCGAUCAAGGGCUUUCGUAAUGCCCCCGCGGGAGUCGGACACAGACUGAGAGGUAGUGCGAACGCUGUGAGAAUAAGAGCGCCACAGAUUGGAGGCAGCUUUGCUGUAUGGGGAGGGCUCUUCUCUACAAUCGACUGUAGUUUAGUUCGCCUGAGAGGGAAAGAGGAUCCUUGGAACUCCAUAACAAGUGGUGCACUGACUGGGGCUAUCCUAGCAGCACGCAGUGGGCCGUUAACAAUGAUGGGCUCUGCCAUGAUGGGGGGAAUUUUGCUGGCUCUCAUUGAGGGUUUUGGGAUCCUCCUAACCAGAUAUACAGCGCAGCAGUUUCAGAACCCUAUUCCCUUUGCAGAUGACCCCAGUCAGUUACCCCCAAAGGAUGGGGCUCAGCAGCAGCAGCAAGGGGCAAAGGGGCAGUUUCAGUAGAGAGCAAACAGGACUGAGGCCAGCGGUGGACACAGUGAGUCAGACCAGAGAGCAGAGGGGACACCAGACAUUACUGCAGGUAUCAGGAUGACCAGGAGGCGGAGAUACUGGUCCUUAAACUGGUGUCAAGUAGUUGAGCUGUUUGCUGAUAUCUCAGGGGUAAUCUCUAUAGACAGGUAUCUGCAUCUGAAUGCAGAAUCUGUAGGCAAAGGACAUGAUUUGGGUAUCGGAAGCAUUCUGGUUUCCAUUUGUAGUCUGUUUGUUGUUUAUUUAGUGUUGACCAAUCACCUUUGAGCAGACCUUGGUUGCAUGCAGGCAAACAGUCCGUGUGGAUGCAAAAGAGGUGGAACACAUUCAAAGAAAUGCAAUCUCAUAACCCAUCAGCUAUUCUCUGAUGAUAAUUUAGCUUUUUAUUUAUUUAUUUAUUUAUUUAUUUAUGAACUAACCCUAACCAUGUUUACAAAUGUUAGCCAAAGUGUGGAGUUGUUGUCAAGUUUGAAAGUCAAGUUGCUAAUUGGACUGUAAACGGUGACCAGGAAGAAGAAGUCUGGGCCUGGCUGUCCAUUAGCUGGAUAUCUGCUGGCUACCCCAGAAGCCAUGAAUCACUGGCCGUUGCCCCCAGAGGCUAAAUCGUUUUCAGAAAAUAGCCGAUGGGUUCUGAGAUUGCCUCAGGGCUCAAUUAAUGCGAGUUUUAGUUGUUUAUUAGUGAAUGUUUGUAUGUGAAGGAUCCUUCCGACAAAUCUAAUGUUUGCACCUCCAGCAUCUCGUGCAACAUUUUCUGCAUUAAUGGUUACUCACUGUGACCUUUUUGGGUUAAAUAUGCAAACAACAUUGAUAUUUGAAGUCAAUUUAAUUAUUCUGCAGUAUUCAGUAUUUUAAAAGAGUAGCGUGACAUUUUGUGGAACUGCGCUUAUUUGCUAUUUCUUGCCAAGAGUUAGAUGAGAAUAUCAAUGGCACUCUUGUGUCUGGAUGGUAAAUAUGUAGCAGGAGCUAGCAUCUUAGCAUAAAGACUUGAAAAAAGGGGAAACAGCUAGCCUGGCUCUGUCCAAAGGUAAUGAAUCUUAUAUAGCUCAUUUGUUUCAUAUGUAUAAAAAAUGAAGUGUAAAAAUAUAAGUUGUCGUUUUAUGGGGGGUUACGUGCCUGGCUAUUUCUGGGCUGGGCGCAGUGACUUGCUGGGAGUCUUGUCAUCGCUGUGAGGUUGCCAAGCAACCAGUGGAGUUUGCAUCUAUCUUCCCAUGUGACUCUUGGCAAGAAAAGCGAAUGUUUCCCAAAUCAUCAAACUAUUUAAAUAUUAUAUUUACAGCUUCCAAAGAUUUUAUACUUGUGUGCACAGAUUUAGUAAACAGUGAAGCCAGUGUUUUAAUGGCUUCAAGGUCAAAUAAUGAGAAAAAUUAGAUGUCUGUUACAUCACAACAUCGUGUUUGCACAGCUAGGUUUUUUUAAUAUUGAAAGUGGGUAGUCUGAGAGUAUAUUUCUAAAUGUGUCAUUAUAUGUCAGCAAUCAAUGCAAAGAACUGUGGAUGAUUUAAUGUGUGUGUGCUUAGGAUGGAUCCACGCUCAACCAAACCUCAUUCCUUCCUUUGUUUGCAGUAUCUCUUAAUAAGAUCUUGCCUCACCUGCUUGUGUAAUUUUGAAUCUUUGUUAUAAUGUUACAUAUUAGAGGGAUGAGCACAAAUCACGUCUUUUCUGCAAUAUUGCAAAAUAUGGAUGAGUUUCUAGAAAUUAUGGCUUGAAUUUUUCAGCUCCGUUAGCCAGUUUUCAUGCACACUUUGUCACUUGGAUCACUGCAUUAUCCAUCAAGCGACCAAGCACUUUUUAAGCUCCAUCUCUGUGUUUCUAUUAAAAUGCACCUGCACACAGCAAAGAGAUGAUGCAGUAUGAUCCUGUGUUUAGCUCUCAAACGAUGUAUAGAAAGAGUGUUUAUUUUAUGUAUUGUCUGAAUGUAUUUAUUAUUUAUUAUAUUUAUGUUGCAACUGUU